CCUUGGUGAGUAGUGAAAAGGUCCAUCAGCGACCUCCAACCAAACACAACUUCACCGAGGAUAACAGUUGCUGCUUGAAGUUAAUAAUUAACGGUAUUUGAAAGCUGAAAGGACCCAUUUGGACAGGACCGCGUAACAGGGGGAUGGAGAAAGCUAAACAAGAUGCAUUCGACAAUGCCAGACUCCAGGUGAUCAAAGAUGGCUACGAGAGGGCCUUUGAGUGCCUCAAUAAGGGACUCACAGUAGAUGAGGCUGGGGACAAGGCACAGGCCCUGGAGCUCUACAAGCGGGGGCGACAGCACCUUCUCAGGGCCAUCAGCGUGCCUUCACAGGGGGAGGAGUGUGUCGGCAGCUCCUGGGAAUCGGCCAGAAAGAUGCAGCAGAAGAUGCAGGAGACGCUGAACAACAUCACCACUCGCAUGGCCAUACUGGAGACCAGCUCUGACGUCGGCUCUGCCCCUGCACCGGGUGUGAGUGCGCCUGAUGCUGCAGGUCCGUCUGGGGGAGGUCUCUACCCGGCACUGCCCACCAAGAAGAAGCCAGGGAGGCCUGCUGCACCGAACCUCGCCUCAGCUAAUGGAGCUGUGGGAGGCAUGCAGUGCAGUGGCGAGGGUCUACCUGUCUCACCCAGCAGACAGCCUGUGGUCGCAGCCGAGCAGCCGCCGGCUUACUCUCCUCAGGCGGCUGACGGCCACCUGUCUAUCUCAUAUGGAACUGAAGCGGGGGAAAUGUCACUGGUUGGGGAUGAGUUCUACAGUCGUACGUCCAGCUCGACGCCGUCUCCCCAGAGUGUGGGUGAAGAGGGAGAGGAGAUGCUGUACAUCCCUCACGGCGUGCAGAUAUUCUUUGUUACACCCGAAGGGCAAGUGAGCGCUCCGUCGUACCCGGGCUACCUGCGGCUGGUGAAGUUCACCAGAGAUCACUCUGACACAGUGCCCAACCGGCCGCCAGCUUUUCUGCAGGUGUGUGACUGGCUAUACCCACUCAUGGCCAUGGACUCUCCAGUGUUGCUGUGUAACACUGGUGUGUUUAUGUUUCCGGACAUGAUGGCACCAACUCCAGGCUAUUAUGUAGGGGUGGUGUUGUCCUCCGAGCUGCCUGCUGCGGACAGAGUGCUGUUCCAGGACCUGUUGUCCCAGAUGACAGAUCUCAGGGUUCAGGCUCCAGAUGAAGCCGCAGAAUCAAUCAAUCUCAGUCAGAAGGUUCCCAUCACUACACUUGAGGAGACUGCACCAGAGGCGACAGAACCAACAGCAGAGGAGACAGAAGAGGAUAAGCCUCUGCCUGAGUGGAGUGAAAAGGUGGCAAAUGGGAUCCUGACAGGUGCGUCCUGGCUAAGCUGGGGCCUGGUGAAAGGAGCUGAGUUCACGGGCAAGGCCAUUCACAAAGGGGCAUCUAAACUCCGAGAACACAUCACUCCAGAGGACAAACCCACACAAGUCAGCCCCACAGUUACCAAAGGCCUCCAUGUUGCCAAGCAGGCGACCGGGGGAGCUGUCAAAGUCAGCCAGUUUCUAGUGGACGGGGUGUGUGUGGUCGCUGGCUGUGUGGGUCGAGAGUUGGCUCCACAUGUGAAAAAGCACGGAGGCAAGCUGAUCCCAGAGUCCAUGAAGAAAGACAAGGAUGGGCGUUCCAACAUAGAUGGAGCCAUGGUGGUGGCUGCCAGUGGAGUGCAAGGAUUUGCGACCAUGUGGACUGGUUUGGAAGUAGCAGCAAAGGACAUCACUUCGAGUGUAGCAUCAGAGACAGUCACCACCGUAAAACAUAAGUACGGGGCAGCAGCAGGACAAGCCACAGACCACGCCGUCAAUUCUGCCAUUAAUGUCGGUAUCACUGCCUUCAACGUUGACAACCUGGGGAUCAAAGCUGUGGUGAAAAGGACUGGCAGGCACACAGCGCAGGCCAUUCUGGAAGACCACAACCUUCAAGAAAAACCAGAGAACAGGAAGCAAGUGGAGAAAUCCAACAAAUAGCCGAUAGUGUCCUGCCUCAUUCCCUCAGUAAUGCCUUAAAUCAUAAUAAUUUGUAUUCUUCUAUCAAUUAAAUCUAUAUUUAAUAUUCAUUAUUUAUAAAACAUGUUAUAUAUUUACAAGAUAACUACUGUUUUAUGCAUAUCUUAUAGUUUGAUACAGCUCUUAAGCACUUUAUUUGAAAUAAGGUAGAUGGACCUAAAUGAAGAAAAACAGCAGAUUAUAUAACCAAAAUUAAAACACCACUAUUUUAGUUGUACGGUUUAUUAAUACACAUUAUAAUAUUCAGGUAUUAUCAGUUAACCUUGAAGGGACCAGUGUCGACACUGGAAUCUUUCCUAAUCGCCAUGAAGCAUUUCUGUCUUUGAGUUUUUACCUGGUAGGGUAAGUGCAGUUUAUAUAAUUUGAAUAAAUGAUUAAAAAUAUCAUCUGAAUAUCAGUAUCUUCAGAUAUAACUGAACAGACAGAAACAAGCAUCUGGUAUAUUGUUGUUAUUCCCUGUGGUGUUUAAAAUGAGAAGUCAUCACUGCUGCUGACAGUGCCUGCGAAUCGAAUGAUAUGCAAAGAUCUAAUGUUUUAUAUAACUGAAGCUGUAAAAGUCUGUAGUAUAUUAUGUGUUUUUGUUAGACCUUCACUUAUGAGUGAGGGUUACUAAAAUGUUGUUGCCUCUCAACUGAGGAGUCUAAAAAUAUUAUUUUGUGUUCUGCUACAAUCUGCUGUGCUGUCUAAGUUUUAUCCACAUGUCUUCAAAAUGUUAAUGUUUAUAGUAUUUCAUAUAAAAAUCUAUUAUAAUUUUUUGAUGUAUGGACAAAACAUUUAACAAAAUGUGAAUUUUGAAGUGAUGCUAACUUUGUGCUAUUUUUUGGAUGUGAUCUGGUUUGUGUCUUUAAACUACAGCUUUAAGAACUCAGCAGGUACAUGUAAUUUUCAGAUGGCCAAUCUAAUCUAGUUGCGCAGUAAGAUUUCUUUCCCACCAGAAAUACAGAAACAUUUAUGAAAAAAUAAAA